GCAAGUCGAAACGCACCUUUUCAAAUGAAAAUAAGUGCUGUAGUCAACAAAAAUUUACGCAGAAAAGAAUAUGAACAGAAAUUGUGUGACACCAUUCUGGUUGAGUGCAUUUCAACUCUCACCUCUUCUUUUGGACGGACUCAAUCAUCCUGCGUGCUCUGUGACCUGUAAGAAAAGCAUCACUCUCUUCCAUCUUCCCAUCAUCGCAAAGGUCUGAGACGUUCUGUGUAACACAGAAUUGGAGACAAUAGCCAACCAUGGCUUUGAACGUGCCGGGUCUGGUGGUUAUGGCGGCCUUCUACCUGCUGAUCCUGGGAACGGGCAUUUGGGCAUCCAUGCGCUCCAGGAGGGAGGAGAAAAAGUGCAAAGGAGAUGGAAUGGAGAUCACACUACUCGCCGGACGGAACAUCAACUUGCUCGUGGGAGUCUUCACCCUUACGGCCACAUGGGUAGGAGGAGGUUUUAUCCUGGGUAUAGCUGAAGCCACAUACAAUCCAACAUUAGGAGCAGUGUGGGCUCUCAUGCCGGUGCCCUACGUUGUUACAUUCUUCUUGGGUGGCUUUUUCUUCGCAAAACCCAUGAGAGAGAACAAGUAUGUGACCAUGAUGGACCCUUUCCAGAAGAAGUAUGGCAACUUCCUGAGCAGUGUUCUGAUCCUUCCUGCAUUGAUCGCCGAUGUACUGUGGGUGUCACGCACACUUGUCAGCCUGGGGGGAACUAUGAGUGUGAUCCUGGACCUUUCUUACGUCUAUUCAAUUGUCAUCUCCGCCGUCGUUGCCGUUGUCUACACGCUCCUGGGAGGGCUUUACUCUGUGGCUUACACAGAUGUGAUCCAGCUCACCCUCAUCUUUAUCAGCCUGUGGGUGUGUGUCCCUUUCCUGUUGACCAACCCUCACUCUGUGGACAUCUCACUGACGGCCUACAACCAAACCUUCCAGGCUCCUUGGGUUGGCAAGGUGGAGCUUAAUGAAGCCGGCAAGUGGUUUGACGACUUCAUGCUGCUGGCUCUCGGUGGUUUGGCCUACCAAGCGUUCUACCAGAGGAUCCUGUCUGCCUCAUCGUACAAGCAGGCUCAAUUUACCUGCUUUAUCUCCUCCUCCUUUUGCCUGGUGCUGGGUAUCCCCUCAGUGCUGGUGGGAGCUGUGGCUGCAUCUACUGAUUGGAACUCGACAACCUAUGGACUGCCAACUCCAUAUGAUCGCGGGGAAGUAGGAUCAAUCCUCCCCAUCGCCCUGCAGUACCUCACACCCACCUACGUGUCUAUCAUCGGGAUCGGAGCUGUAGCCGGUGCUGUCAUGUCCUCCAUGGACUCAGCCCUGCUGUCCUCUGCAUCAUUGUUCUCCUCCAAUAUCUACAAGAACAUCAUUCGGAAGCAGGCAUCGGACCGCGAGAUGCAGUGGGUGAUCCGGAUCUCGGUGGUCGUUGUCGGUCUGGCUGGCACUGGCCUCACCUUCUUGGACAGCAGCGUGCUGGUCUUCUGGCUGGUGGGUGUGGACAUGUCCUACACCAUUAUGUUCCCUCAGCUGGUCUGCGUCCUCUUCUUCAAGGCGUCAAAUGGCUACGGGGCCACCGUGGGCUUCCUAAUGGGAAUCACUCUGAGAAUCAUGAGCGGCGAGCCCCUCGUCAGCCUGCCGCCCAUCAUCCGCUUCCCCAACUGCCGGCUGAAUGCCGAGGGCAAGCUUACUCAGUACUUCCCCUUCCGCACUGUGAUCAUGCUCAGCUCACUGGUCAGCAUCGUCGUCGUGUCUUGGCUGUUGUCUUUGGCUUUCGACAACGGUCUUUUGCCUGAGAAGUGGGAUGUGUACAAGGUCAAGAAGCGCAAGCUGAGCAAACUUGUCGAAGAGAAGACCACUGAAGAAAACGAAGAGAUGCUCGCAUCCAAGCGGCAACUGGACACCAGCUGCUGAGGGGCCUCUCAGGCAAAAGAUGGGCCGCGAUGGGAGAGGCAGACACACUCGCCUGCUCGACGGGGGUUCGCCGAGGGCCGUUAACAGGAGUGGCUUCAUGUUUUCAAUCGAAUCUGGUCAGAAUCUCGGACUUUGUGUCACAUACCGAACAGCCCAACAUCGGCAAUAUGUCCCCUGAGUCCCCCUAGCACCCAUCUUUGUUAUCAGCUUCCUUCUACAAUCAAAUAACCAUAAAAAAAUGUCAACUUAACUUGUGUUAUGAUAGUUAACUACCCAUUAACCAGUGUAGCAUACAAUGUGAUUCAUUAAAAACAUCCAAUGACAGAGUCUUCUUAUCAGCUAAUCACACAUCUUUGCAAUGGACAGAAGGAGCGCAGCCUUUUCAAAUCAUUUCCAUGUGGAAAAGAAAGGAGGAUGGCAUUGAUCAAUUGUUUUUGUUUAAUGGAUCUUGGAUUUGUACAGAUUUGUAGAAAUAUAUUUUAUCACACCAGCAAAAAGAUGUUCCUUUUUGGAUGCAAACGUAGUCCCUUGACUCAAGUGCGUAUGCAACACAUCUGCACAAGAAAGGAAAGGAAUAUUCAGUCCAACUGAAGACCGGUGAGCUACUCUGUAACUCCCUUUUCACUGAUAUGUCACAGUCCUACGGCAUCUACAGAUUGUUUUUCUCGCAACGCAUUGUCACUCCAGAAACAAGCUGCAAAAGGCAAUCAUGACAUCAAUUACUCCGAUUCAGCACAGUUUGGUUGUGGUGUUGACCGCACUUCAGUGCGUAGCAAUUUCAUGUAUGCUUGUAGAAUACUCUCCAUCCUGUGAACAACCUUCUCAUCGUUUCAGCACGUUGCAUUGUAGCCAUGUCGGUAUAAAAUGGAAAGGUACACUGUUUAAAAAGAAACUGACAACUGUUCUUCGUUGAUAACCAACAACCAGGUAAUAUGUGUGAAGAUGCCCAUAAUGUGAAGACAUUCUCAAGCAAAAAUACUGUACUGUCGACAGAGCCGAGCCAGUUAGAAACCGCCCAUCAUUUGUGAAUAUGCCCAUAAUGUGAAUAAAUCAUUCUCAAGCAGAAGUACUCUCGACAGAGCCGAGCCAUUUAGAAAUGACGGUAUCCUUCUGAGCCUCCAAACAUUUUCUUGUAUAAGGCACUAGCAUGUGUGACAAUCUAACCUACAAUUUACUUAAAUAUCACUGGAAACUGAUCUGCCUCGCCUGUUACGGUUUAUUUUGAUUGAUGCUGUCGAAUGGGUGUGUAUGGAAGACCUUGUAUAGUGGGCGCAAGAGCUGAGCACAUGUUUCUGAAUGCCAUUUUAAACGAUUUGUCAGGUGGCCAAAAUCUGUUUUCCAAAGACUUGUUGUUGAAAUAAAACCGAACUCAUUGCAUGCGUCUUUUUGAAUAGAUGUGAGUUCUAAAUGUUUCAUACUCUUGUACAGCCUGAUCACAAUUUGUACAUUGAUUCUUAUUUUUAUAUCAAAGUGGCUUGCCAUGCGUUGUUAGUUUUAGAGGAAAGGCACAAAUGUGUAUUUGUAUGAUCUCAAGUGAACAAUGAAUUAAAAAAAAUCGCCCUCGGUUUUGCUGAAUAAUGAAUGUCGACCUGGUAUCACUUUAUGUUCGGAUUGGCCUGCACUUUCUUAGCAGCGUUACGUGUCGGAACGGUCACAAUGAAGACUGCUGCCCAAAAGCACUACAUGCAGUCCUUACCAACGGACAAGUAUGCCUUAAUCGUGGAGUUUUUGUCUGGCAUUUUUUGGAUCACUUUUGGGGCAGUAAUAUAUUUCUAAUGAUGUGGUUUUCCAAAGGUCGUCUGUUAACAUCCUUGACUGGUAUUAGUUUUAUUAUAAUAAUAGUGAGCUCCAUUUUAUUUCUCCCUCCUUGUCUAUGUGGUUUUAUACUAUUAUGCAUGUCAGUAACUAUGUAUGCUGAACUUUCGUGAAGGCUGUUCUCUCUUGCCACUUGGCAAGGUCCUGCGUUGUAAUCAAUGAAUAUAAAUCCCCAUGGGGUGAGCUCUCAGAAUAAAAGCUGAUCUAAAAAAAAAAGAAU